AUGAUGAAGAGGAAGAUGGAAAUAUUGGUGUUGUUUGGGAAUCGAGAUGAGCUUGAAGCCAUCUCAUCACUUUUCCAAGGUAGAAUUCCACAAAAACCUGGAAAAUUGCAUCGAGAAAGGCCUCUUCCUCUUCCAUCUCCCCACAGGCUCCGACCUUUGGGGCUACCUAAACCAAAAUCACAAGUGAAAUUGACGAGCUCAAGCUGUGGUUUCUUCCGGGCUUCUAUGGCUAAGAAAGUGUAUAAAAGCCCUAGUUUCCUAGUUGGGUUGGCAAGAGAAAUAAGUAGGCUUGGUCCAGCUGAAGAUGUGUCCAAAAUUCUUGGGAAGUGGGUGCAGUUCCUAAGGAAAGGGUCCUUGUCAUUAACAAUAAGGGAACUAGGUCAUAUGGGAUUCCCUGAGAGAGCUUUGCAAACAUUCUUAUGGGCACAAAAUCAACCUCAUCUCUUCCUGAUGAUUGGAUUCUGGCCUCAACUGUUGAGUCGUGCUGUGUUGGAGGCAAUGAUCAAGGGUUUUAUAAAAGGAGGAAACCUUAGACUUGCGUGGGAGGUUCUAGUAGUGGCUAGAAGGGAUAAAAGAAUGUUGGAUUCCAGCAUUUAUGCUAAGUUAAUAUUAGAACUUGGAAAGAACCCUGACAGACACAGGCGUGUGUUUCCCUUGUUAGAAGAACUUGGAGAACGAGAUGAAUUGAAUUUAAGCCAACAAGAUUGUACCGCUAUAAUGAAACUGUUUGUUGCUCCGAAUGAUCUAUCUAGGGCAAUGAGAUAUUUUUCAAGACUUAAAGAGGCUGGAUUUUCUCCCACUUUUGGCAUAUACAAGGACAUGCUUCAAAUUUACAUGGCCUCUGGGAGGACUGCGAAGUGCAAAGAGAUCUGCAAGGAGGCUAAUAUAGCUGUUGGAAUUCCUUCCCUAAUGCUUCAUUUGUUUGCGGAUGAGUGUUGUAGUUACGGAUGGAUUUUAGGUGUGUUGAUGUGCGAUGAUUAUGUGGAUUUGGUUCAGCUGAAAUGUGUGGAUUUGUAG